AUUUGGGGCCCAGGAGUAGAAUUUGUUUAUUAUAUGAGCAAGAAGCUGUAGAUAGAAAUGAAGAGCUGCCAAAUUUGUAUGUAGACUUACAGAAGAGAUUGAGCCUCCUGCUUCCCAGAUACACAGGACUUGGAUCCAUGGUAUAAGGACUGCAGCACUGAGAACGGAACACCCGUGAGCUUUUUGGAGCUCACAUCGGAAAGUGGUGAUGAACCAGAAGAACAGCUGCACGUGAUGUAGUUGCCUGAGGUCCCUGCUGUUGGCUGGAACAGUAGGUUGAAUCUUUCUGAACUAUGCCAAGAAAAAGAAAGCUGUUGACUCAAUUAAGUGCUCUUCAAAACAGCACCAGCUUCCCUCAGAUCGAUGCCGUGGAGCAGCUGAACACUACACCUGGAGCAGAUCCUUCUCCAAAGAGCAGCAAAUAUUUUGUGAUAGAGAAAAAAAAUUCUUCUCAGCUACAAGAAGAUUUUUUCAACCAGCCCUGUGUUAGUCUGGCCAAGUCCUUUCUGGGACAGAUUUUAGUUCGCAAACUUCCUGAUGGCAGAGAGCUCUGGGGCAGGAUUGUUGAAACAGAAGCUUAUCUGGGUGGGGAAGAUGAAGCUUCCCACUCGAAAGGUGGGAAGCAAACACAACGGAACGCAGCAAUGUUCAUGAAACCAGGAACUCUGUACGUGUAUCAGAUCUACGGGAUUUAUUUCUGCAUGAAUGUUUCCAGCCAAGGAGAGGGGGCUGCGGUGCUGCUGCGUUCCUUGGAACCUCUGCAGGGCUUGGAUGCCAUGAGGGAGCUGCGCAGGGCCUCCAGGAAAGCACCCGCCAGGCUGCUCAAGGACUGGCAGCUCUGCAAUGGGCCCUCCAAGCUCUGCCAGGCGUUUGGCAUCGACAAGGCUUUUGACCAAAGGGACCUGAGUCAGGAUGAUGCCAUCUGGAUGGUGCCUGGGCAGGACCCGCCGGGGGAGCAGGACGUGGUGACCACCACCAGGAUUGGCAUUGGCAACACGGGAGAGUGGGCACAGAAACCGCUCAGGUUUUAUUUACGAGGAAACAGAUUUGUGAGUGUUGUAGACAAGAAAGUGGAGAGAGAGAUGGCAGCAAGGGGACACUCCCCUGGCAGCUGACAAGUCUUGCAAGUGUCCCAGGGACCAGGACUUGAGCUGUGCUCUGUACAAUGGCCGCGAGCUGCAUCAUGGCAGAUAGGGGGCAUUGGGGGGUUUUUAACAAUAAAUUUACUUGGUCAAAACAAA